CCCAGCUCUAGUUAAAACUGCGCGCAAAACCAUAUUGUUUUCUUAUUUCUAAUAUAAACAAAUGUCGAUUACCCUCGAUUUCAAUGGCAAGAACUUGGCCAAAAGCAAGUCGUUGGAUCUGCACUACUUGCCGGCCAAGGUAGACGGCGACGGCGAGGCCAAUGUGGAGGAGUACUUCAACAACUACACGAGGGAAGCAGCCGAGUUUGGAACUGGCGUUCUUACAAACGCUUUGCGCGGCUAUCCGCUGAUGGGCGAGCGACUGAAGGUGCCAGAGGGAUACCGGGGUCUGGUGCUCCAGGAAACCGACAAGCCGCUAAGCGAAUCCUCGGACCGGCAGCUGCGACUCACAGGCGUUUUCGAUGAGUUCACCUACUGGAACUACGACAAAGUGCCCUCAAAUGGCGAUGCCUACCGACAGGCUCUCGUCAUGGCGGAUGUGGCCCAGGCUCUGUCCCAGCCGAUCAGCGAACAAGAUUUAGAGGCGGAAAUUGCACGGAACAAGGAAAACACCAAGGAGAGUCCCUAAACUUCAGUUCUUAGGCGCGCUUACAGCGUUUAUUAUAUAGUAUUCCAAAAGCUAAUCAAAUACAGAUGUAUCUUUACAA